AUGGCACUGCCAAGGCUACGAAGACGCUGGGUUCUGGUCAUCAGUGCUGCCGCCCUUCAAGCCGCCCGGGCUUGGCUGACCCCUGGUCGCCUCAGCCAGUGGCCUUUGCGCUGCCAGGGCGACACGGAGCUGCUGACGGGCCUGGAGGCCGAGCUCCGUGCGGAGCAAGUGGAUGCAGAAAAGGCGCUGCAGUGGUGUCGCGACCAGGGCCCGGCGACCUGGGCGGAGCUGUUGGAGAAUUCCGAUGCCCUCGUCGAGGUGGCCUCGGAGUCUCUGCGGCUUCGCCUGGCGAAGCGCGCGGGGGCGGAGGGCCAGCUGCAGCCCGCGCUGGCGCUGCUGCAGUCCCCGGCCCUGCGGCCGGCGGCGCUUGUGCUGCUCGAGCUGUUGCGAGCAGAAGGCCAGCAGAAGUUUGAAGGCUUCAUCGACCGCGCAGUGCAGCAGAUGGAGGAGGGCCAACUGGAUUGGCCCGCCAUGACCGCCGCUGCACCCCGCUUGGCACCGCACGGUCAGCGUGCGGAGCAAGCGCUGAGGUUGCUGACGCUGGGUAACAACUUGGCGGAGGAAGUGAUAGUGAACGAAGGUUCCUCGUCCCUGAGCUUCAAGGGCCUCUGGGCCGGGCAGCAGCUCUCUGGCCGGCUGCGCCGGAGCCACGGAGACCAGGGAUGGGGGCAGUGGGCAUCCUUCUUCCUGGAAGAUGCUCCUGAUGCUUUGCUUGGAAGCAGAUUGGUGGCAUGCAAGCGUGCCUCGGGCGAGACCAUCUUCAACCAGAAGACUGGCGAGCCCUCCUUCCAGGCAGGCGACACGCUGUUCUUCGCCACCGCCGAUCGGGCGGCCCUGCUCGAGAUGGCCACUUAUGACCAGCUUCCGGAGUUCGGCGUGGAACUUGCUCGCCUGCUGCGUGACGGCGAAGACGAGAAAGGAAUCAUGGCACCUCCGGAGAUGCUGCAAGCGGCCAAGUUUGUGAACGAGAUUCGAGACCUGAAUGAAGCAGAGCAGGCCGAGCGGCGACUGCGGCGCUUCGAGCAGCGCGGGACUUUGGAGCGCCACCCCAUGCUGCGCUGCUUGCUGUCGGCGCUCCUGGCAUCGGCGAGAGCCGGAUGUGUCGUGGACAAGCCCGACUGCUACGUAGAUGCCGAGUCCCGCAUCCUGGGGCGCGACAAUGUGGCGCUUGGCGCCAUUACCCCGGAAUACUGCGCCCAGCUCUGCGCCAACGGCAAGUUCCAACUGGCCGGCACCGAGAAUGGCAACGAGUGCUACUGCGGGGACAAGUUGAACACUGAACCAAGGAGCUCCAGCUCUUGCCGCUCGAAGUGCAACGGGGAUAGCUCGAAGACCUGCGGCGGUUUCUGGGCGGUCUCAGUCUCCAAGGUGCAGUGUUCAGGUACCCCGGAACCGCCUCCAAAGGAGGACCCGGAGAUGGUGAACCCGUGCUGGGGCAAGUUCGCCAAGUUCCCCUUCUGCAACGCCACGCUGCCCUUGGACGAUCGCGUGGCCGACGCCGUGGGCCGCAUGACGCUGGCGGAGAAGAUCGGGGCGCUGGGCACCAACACGCCGGCCAUCCCUUCCUUGGGCCUGCCCAGGUACAAUUGGUGGUCCGAAGCUUCCUCUGGAGUGGCAUCUGCCAGGAACACCGAAACCACCAAGUUUCCCUUUCCCAUCACGACAGGCAUGAGUUUCAAUCGAACUCUCUGGAAGCUGGUUGGGCGCCAGAUUGGUCGGGAAGCCCGUGCCGCCAUGAAUGCGGGCAACGCUUAUUCCACCUUCUGGGCGCCCGUCAUCAAUCUUGCCAGAGAGCCGCGCUGGGGCCGAAAUAUUGAAACGCCAGGCGAGGAUCCAUACGUCACAAGCGAGUAUGCAGAGAAUUUUGUCAAGGGCUUUCAGGAGGCACCAGAGGAUCCGUACCACAUCCAGGCCUCCGCCUGCUGCAAGCACUACGUGGCCAACGAAAUGGAAUCCACCACAGAGAAGGACGGAGAGCAUCAUGACCGGAACCAUGUCGAUUCCAACGUGACCAUGCAGGAUCUGGUGGAUUCAUACAUGCGCCCUUUCCAGGCUUGCGUGGAGAAAGGCCGAGUUACCUCCCUGAUGUGCAGCUACAACGCCGUCAACGGUGUCCCCUCCUGUGCCAAUGACUGGCUGCUCCAGACGGUGGCCCGCGACAACUGGGGCUUUGACGGCUACAUCACCAGCGACUGCGAUGCGGAUGAGGAUGUUUACGCGUCUCAUCACUACACCGCCACUCCAGAAGAAGCUGUGAAAGCAGUUCUGCACGCAGGAACCGAUAUCGACUGCACCUCCUUCGUUCCCAAAUAUGCCCAGUCUGCGCUGGACAAGGGCUUGAUCUCUGAGGCCGACAUUGAUGCGCGCCUGAAGAUGCUCUUCCGCGUUCGCAUGCGCCUGUCCCACUUUGACCCUCGGGGUCCCCUGGACGACAUCCCCAGCAGCAGCAUUUGCAGCGACUACGCCAUCCAGCUGUCGGAGGAUGCGGUGCGCCAGAGCGCCACACUGCUGAAGAACGAGAAGACUCUGCCUUUGGAUGCCUCCAAGGUGGGCACCGUGGCGAUCAUCGGGCCCAACUACAACCUCUCCAAGAGCGAUGCAGGCUAUUACGGCCCGAGCCACCCCUGCGGUGAUCGCUUCUACACCCUGGUGGAUGCGGUCAGUCGGAAUGGCCAGGUGAAGACCGUCAGCGUUGCUGGGGUGCCCAACGUCCUGUCAGAGGACCAAAGUGGCAUUCCAGCAGCCGUGGAGGCGGCCAAGAAGGCAGACACAGUGCUUCUGGCGGUUGGCACCGAUCUCACUUGGUCAGAAGAAGGCCACGAUGCCAAGAGCAUCUCCUUCACUGCAGCGCAGGCAGCUCUCAUUGAGAAAGUUGCAGCUGCUGCCAAGAAGCCUGUGGUGGUGGUUACCAUGACUGCAACGCCCUUGGACCUGUCUGCGGUGCUGGGCAAUUCCAAGGUGGGUGCCAUCCUACACUUGGGCCAGCCCAGCGUGGCCGUGAAGGGCGUGGCUCCGCUGCUCUACGGCGAGAGCUCCCCGGCGGGCCGAGCCAUCCAGACGGUCUACGAGCACUCCUACCAGGACCAGAUCUCGAUUUUUGACUUCAACAUGCGCCCGGGCCCAUCUGAUUUUGCUCGCCCAGACUGCACCGAGGCAGCGAGCAAAUGCCCCAAGGGCACCAACCCUGGGAGGACUUACCGGUUCUACACCGGCAAGGCCGUGGUGCCUUUCGGCUUCGGGCUGUCUUACACGAGCUUCUCGUACUCCCUGGUCUCCCAGCCCAGCUAUGUGUCUCUGGUGCCCUUAGCGGAGCUGCUGCGCCGGGAGGCCUCGCAGGUCUUUCCGCGCCUGGAGGCGCAGAAUCAGCUGGGCACGGGCUGGCGGCAGCGCGUCACGUACGCGGUGCGGGUGAGCAACACCGGGGCGAGGGACGCGGAGGACGUGGUGCUGGGGUUCCUGGUCCCCCCCGACGCCGGGCAAAAUGGGACGCCUUUGAAGCAGCUGUUUGGCUUCGAGCGCGUGCACCUGAAGGCCGGGGAGGCCAAGACCGUUUGGCUCUACCCGGCCAUGAUGGACUUUGCGGGCGUCACCAGAGAGGGGAAGUUCCAGGCCCGGGCGGGCCGCUACAAAGUGCAAUUCGGGCUGAGGGAGACCAGCGGGUUGGGCAUGGGCUUUGUGGAAACUGAGCUGGAUGCGGGAGAGUCGCCUCUUGCUCGACGCCUGCAUGAGAAGCUUCUGCAGGAUGAGGUUUGGGAGCAGCUUUGGCAAGCUGCCAAGCCCAAGCUACCGGCACUCUACCAGGCAGUGCGCAAGGCCAUGCUGCGUGCGCGGCCAGCGCAGAAGGUGGAGCCCAGGCGAGUCUCUGUGGUUCGCAUCAGUCUGCUCGGAGUCAUUGGCGUGCUGGUUGUGCUCGGCGCUCUCGGCUGGGGCGCAUGGCAAUUCUUCCACUCCUCAGAUGAGGCAGACAAAUUGCCGCUGUACACAUUGAAGAGCACUGAGGUGCCAGACAAUGCUCCCCUCCUUGCUGGUACUCCAUUGAUGCCCUUCAAGGGGAAGUGA